AUGAGUGUGGAAGAGUACCCCUUGAAAUUUAUUCGUUUGUCAAAGUAUGCUCCAUCCUUGGUGUCUAACCCUAGUGAUGAGAUGAGUAGGUAUGUGAUGGGUAUAUCCGACCUAGUUGAGGAAGAGUGCCGUACGACGAUGCUCCAUAAUUAUAUGGACAUUUCUAGUCUUAUGGUGUAUACUCAAUCUAUUGAGGAGUCCAAACUUAAGAGGAAGGGUAGGGAGUUGAAAAGGGGUAGGUCCGAUGAGAAAGGUCAACCUAGGUUCAAUAAAAGAGCUCCUAACCAAGAUUCUUCAAGUGCUCCUAAGUUCAAUGAGGAGAAAGGUGGUGGAUCUCAAUUUUCUAAACCUCUUUGCACCACUUGUGGGAAGAUGCAUCAUAGAAAGUGCCUAGCCGGUACUAGUGGGUGUUAUGGUUGUGGAAAGCAUGAUCAUCAAGUGAGAAAUUGUCCUACUCUUAUCGCUAGGGGAAAGGAGGCCAAACAAGCUUCUUAUGUUGGCCUGGAUCCUAAUUCUCUAAAGAAGAACCAUUUCUAUGUUCUUGAAGCUAACAAGGACAAAAGAGCUAAUCCGGAUAAAGGUACCAGUAUGUUUUAG